UUAUCAUUUCAAUUAUUGAAGCCAACAAAAAUGGCAACUAGAAUGAAGAUAGCGCUUUUGAGUUCGGCAUUAUCAUUAUUUAUGUUUGUCACUUUGUUUUGGAUGCAGUUCGGAUCUACGGAGAUGGAAAAUCCAAAGAAACCAGCUAAAAUUUCUAAAAGAGAUGAUAAGAAAUCACCCUCUACUAAAAUAAGAUGUGAAGAGAAUGAAACUUUGAUUUACGAUUACGAAAGUCAAACGUCUCUUUGGGAGAAGAGUGGAGGGAUACUUCAUCUUUCUGCUUUAGUUUCAGUGAAUUGUAUGGGGAAAGAACCAGUAGAUGUAACUACGGACAGUUAUAAAUUANAAUAGUUUUUUUUAAAUU